AGUAUCUGACAUAUUUGACUCUCCACAGGCUCCUUGACCUCGCACUCCAGCUUGGUGUUCUGUGUGGUUCAGACGCUCCCAACUUUUCUGUUCAGUUUCUCAGAUCUGCAGCUAGCGCGGACACUAAGCAGCCAUGGAUGCCAUCAAGAAGAAGAUGCAGAUGCUCAAGCUCGACAAGGAGAAUGCCUUGGACAGAGCUGAGCAGGCCGAGUCAGACAAGAAAGCAUCUGAAGACAGAAGCAAACAGCUUGAGGAUGACCUGGUAGCAUUGCAGAAGAAGCUGAAGGGAACUGAGGAUGAGUUGGACAAGUACUCUGAGGCCCUGAAGGAUGCCCAGGAGAAACUGGAACUCGCUGAGAAGAAAGCCACAGACGCUGAGGGUGAUGUAGCCUCCCUGAACAGACGCAUCCAGCUGGUUGAGGAGGAGUUGGACCGAGCCCAGGAGCGUCUGGCCACAGCUCUGACCAAGCUGGAGGAGGCUGAGAAGGCUGCUGAUGAGAGUGAGAGAGGUAUGAAGGUUAUUGAGAACAGAGCAAUGAAGGAUGAGGAGAAGAUGGAGCUUCAGGAGAUCCAGCUGAAAGAGGCCAAAAACAUCGCUGAGGAGGCUGACCGAAAAUAUGAGGAGGUGGCCCGUAAGCUGGUGAUCAUUGAGGGUGACCUGGAACGUGCAGAGGAGCGUGCCGAGCUGUCUGAGAGUAAAUGCUCUGAGCUUGAGGAGGAGCUGAAGACCGUGCAGAACAACCUGAAGUCUCUGGAGGCUCAGGCAGAGAAGUACUCACAGAAGGAGGACAAGUACGAGGAGGAGAUCAAGGUUCUCACAGACAAGCUGAAGGAGGCUGAGACCCGUGCAGAGUUCGCUGAGAGAUCAGUCGCCAAGCUAGAGAAGACCAUCGAUGAUCUGGAGGACCAUCUAUACAAACAGCUUGAGAAAAACCGCCUUCUCACCAAUGAACUGAGUGUUGCCCUAAAUGAGGCCUAACCUGGAAAGGUUUCACUGAUGCUGGCACUUUUUUUUUUAUAACUGCAGAAUCUAAAUGCAUUGUGGAUUUGUUAGAUUAAGCAGGUAGAAUUCUAUCUACAACAGUGAUAUAAUCAACAAAAUGUAUAUUUGACACUCUGUAUAUUCAACCUGAUGCGUAAGGUGGGAUCUGAGGAUUAGUCAGAAGAACUUGUCUUUUUUUUUUCUUCUUAUAAUUCUGGUUUAACUUGCUCUGCCUUAAUACCAAUGGAGUGGGUUACUUCUACGUCUACAUGUCAUCUAGAGUCCCAGGAUCAUUUAGAGCAGGGUUCCCAAUUUCUGGUCCUCAGUCUGUUGUCCUGCAGAACUGAUUCAGAAUCUAAAAAGGGCAGAGCAGCAGAUCUUGAGGGCUGGAAAUGAGGAAUCCUGAUCUAGAGUUACAUUUGGUUAAAAGGGAAUUUCUAACUUGGAUCAGCAGGGUUUCUAUGAGUGUCAAUUUAAGAGUAUAAACCUUAAUUUAAGUCUCAGACUUAAAAUGUGUGACUAAAGACAAAAUAGGUUUGGUAAGUCCAUUAUGUAAAAUUAGAUAAAAUUGUUUUCCCUUCUGUUCUGUAACAAACUACAAACAUCUAGUUUCAAAAACCUUCUAUGGAAUGUUAAUGGGGAAUGUUGAAGAUUGAGGUUAUGUUCUGUUGCUGUUUAGAAUUAGUUCUUCAGCAAGAACUACUCCAAAAUGUAUCAAUGAAUGCCACUAGUGUACUUUUAGAAAUACAGUGAGGAUAAUGAGUAUUUGAACACCCUGUUAUUUUGCAAGUUCUACCAGUUAGAAAUCAUGGAGGGGUCUGAAA